AUGACCACUGGAAAAGCUGAAAUCGAUGCUGCUGUUGCCAAAGCCACUCAAGCCUUUCAUGCAUGGCGCAAUGUAUCCGUUGCUGAACGCGUCGCCAUCCUCAACAAGUUUUGCAAGGUGUUUGAACAAAAAAAGGACAAGGUGACAGAGACCAUCGUGACUGAAAUGGGUCGACCCGUGCGUUAUGGCAAUGGAGAAGUGAAUGGCGUAUUGGAGCGUGCAGGCUACAUGAUCUCUGUGGCAGAAGAAAGCCUUGCCGAUGAAUGUAUCGAGAAUGGUCCAAAGAUUCAACGCUUCCUCAGAAAGGUACCGCUUGGCCCUGUGUUCAUCAUUGCUGCUUGGAAUUAUCCAUACAUGACCAUGGUCAACACGGUGGUGCCAGCACUCUUGGCGGGCAACUCGGUCUUGUUGAAACAAUCCCCCUUAACGCCAAAGUGUGCUGAUCUAUUCGUUGAGACGUUUCACGAAGCCGGCGUUCCGAAGGAUGUGAUACAAGCUGUUCACGUUGAUGAUAGUGGUGCUGAUUACCUGGUGCGUCAUCCAAACAUCGAAUACGUCAGCUUUACGGGCAGCGUGGCGGUUGGCAAAAAGAUCAGGAAGGCUAUUGGUGAUGAAGAACGGUUGAUUGGACUUGGCAUGGAAUUGGGUGGCAAAGAUCCAGCCUAUGUACUCCCUGAUGUGGAUCUCGAUUAUGCUGUUGAAAAUGUGGUCGAUGGUGCAUUCUUCAAUUCUGGCCAGUGCUGCUGUUCCAUUGAGCGAUGCUAUGUCCAUGCUGAUAUUUACGAUGCUUUUGUGGAAAAGGCAGUGGCUUUAACCAAGAAAUAUGUCUUGGGUGAUCCCAAACAUCCUGACACAACCUUGGGUCCUAUGGCACAUGAGCGAUUUGCCGACAAAGUCCGUGAGCAUCUUGCAGAAGCAGCUGGCAAAGGCGCUAAGCUUCUGAUUGAUACGGACCAAGUAUUUCCACAAGACAAGCCUGGAUCAAACUUUGUUGGGCCCCAAGUUGUCGUUGAUGUUAAUCACAGCAUGAAGAUCAUGCAAGAAGAGACAUUUGGUCCUGUGCUUGCAAUCAUGCCUGUCAAAUCAGAUGAAGAAGCCAUUACCCUGAUGAAUGACUCAAAGUAUGGUCUCACUGCCAGCAUUUGGACCAAUGAUGUGGAUCGAGCUAUAGCCAUUGGUGAUCAAAUCGAGUGUGGUACAUGGUUCAUGAAUCGCUGUGAUUAUGUGGAUCCAGCUCUGGCUUGGGUUGGUGCAAAGGAUAGUGGACUUGGAUUUUCCAUGAGCAAACACGGAUUCGAUCAAUUUGUCAGACCAAAGUCGUUCCAUCUCAGAAAGCAGUAUUAA